AUGACACCCAGGCGACAACAGGCUACACAGAUGACACCCAGGCGACACCAGGCUACAAAGAUGACACCCUUGCGACACAGGCGACACAAGGCAACACGAUGGCACCCAGGCGCCAACAGGCAACACGAUGACAUCAAGUCGACACCAGGCAACAAAGAUGCCACCCAGGUGACACCAGGCUACACAGAUGACACCAAGGCGGCAACAGGCUACACAGAUCGCACCCAGGCGACACCAGGCUACACAGAUGCCUCCCAGACGAUAACAGACUACACAGAUGCUACUCAUGCGACACCAGGCUGCACUGAUGACACCCAGGCGAUACAGGCAACGCAGGUGACACCAGGCAACACAGAAAACACUCGGGCGACACCUGGCUACACAGAUGACACCCAGGCGACAACAGGCUACAUAGAUGACACUCGGGCGACACCUGGCUACAAAGAUGACACCCAGGUGACACAAGGCAACACGAUGCCACCCAGGCAACAACAGGCUACACAGAUGUAA